AUGGCACAGAACUGGUUUGGCCGUGGAAACUCUGGGUUCCAGAUUGGGAUCAAUAAUGGCCCUAUCAACAACUCGCAGUUCUACCUGCCCCCAGGCAAGUAUCGCCGAACCUCGAACCGCCUUAAUCUAGCACGACCAGAAACUCCACCAAGCCCUUUAUCGAACGUCCCAUUUCGUCGCGACCCAGACUUUGUUGAUCGUGUAACAUUGCUCAGUCGCAUCGAUGAAAAAAGCUCCAUGACAGGAGCUAGGAUAGCCCUUGUCGGUUUAGGCGGCGUUGGGAAAUCACAACUUGCCAUCGAGUACUCAUAUCGUGUUCGAGAUCAAUCGCCUGAGACAUGGGUCUUUUGGAUCCACGCAAGUAACGAAACCCGUUUCGAACUGAGUUGCCGUGAGAUUGCCGACCGACUUAAACUAUACGGCCGGCAGGAUGCUAAGGCGAACGUAUUCAAACUCUUUCAUGAUUGGCUACAGGAUGAGAAAAAUGGGAAAUGGGUCCUUAUCUUUGAUAACCUUGAUGAUGAUCAUUUCCUUCAUGAAAUCCCACCAAAAGAGCAAAAUAGCCUCGGGAGUGAUGAAAGUGGCGUGCCAGGGCGGUCGAUCUGGGAUUACUUCUCCUAUAGCUCUACAGGGGUAAUAGUGAUUACGAGUCGGAGCAGACACGUGGUAUCAAGUGUGGUGGAAGAUAACGAUGUCAUAUUGGUUUAUCCGAUGGAUGAAGUCCACGCAACAAUGCUCGUCGAGAAGAAGCUUCGAAUGGAAGCAAGCAGGGAAGAAAUUAUUGAACUCACAACAGCACUGGAAUUCAUGCCACUCGCGAUUGUGCAAGCAGCGGCGUACAUCAACCGAAGGGCACCUCGACUUUCAGUCCCACAAUAUUUGAAUAAGUUACGGGAGAGUGACAGCCAGAAGGUCAGACUUCUCAAUCACGAGGGUGCAUACAGACAGCUUCGCAGAGACCGAGAAGCUAGAAGCUCUAUCCUUGGUACCUGGCAGAUAUCAUUCGAUUUUAUACAGGAGAUACGACCAUCAGCAGCAAAUUUACUAUCUCUUAUGAGCUUCUUUGAUCGACAGGGACUCACUAGUUCUUUACUUCGAGAGAGCAGAGAUGGAAAACAACAGCCUGGAGGUAUAUUUACAAAAGCUAUCGACGAGACACCUCAUACCAGUGAUACAGAGAGCACAUGUGAAUCCAACAUUAUUGAGAUGCUUGAGGAUGAUAUACUGGUACUGAGAGACUUCUGUUUAAUAUCUAUUGGACCGAAUGGGAAAACCUUUGAGAUGCAUCGCCUGGUCCAACUAGCCAUGCAGGAAUGGCUUAGGGCGCAUGAAGAACUUGAAAUUUGGAAGGGACGAUUCAUCAGAAACCUCAACAGAGAAUUCCCGGCCAGUGAUCAUAAGAAUUGGCCACUGUGUCAGUUAUUGUUUCCACACGUUAAGUCAGCGAUGUCACAUCAGCCGGAUAAAAAGUCGGAGCAUUCGAUGCUGGAAUGGGCGCUGCUCCUUCAUAAAGGAUCACAGUAUGCUCGAAACAGCGGAAACUGGGUCGAUAUGGAAUCCAUGGCAAUUAAAGGGGUGGAAGCCUGCAGCCUCUUAUUUGGCCCGGAUGACCUAAAAACCCUAAAUAGCAUUGCGAUGCUAGGGCUUGCAUACACCUUGAAGGGACGAUGGCAGGAUGCCAUGAUGCUACACACACAAGUACUUGAGACUAGUCGGAGGGUUUUUGGCGCAGAACACCCCCGUACACUGAAUAGCAUGGCAAACCUAGCGUCAACUUACCGCGAUCAAGGUCAAUGGAAAAAUGCGGAAAUUCUUGGCUUCCAAGUGCUGGAGGCCCAUGAGAGGGUAUUCGGUGUUGAACAUCCUUGGACGCUGAUCGUCAUGACUAACCUUGCAACGACAUAUUGGAACCAAGGUCGAUGGCAGGACGCCGAGGUACUCAACGUGCAUGUGCUAGAGACUCGUACCAGACUUUAUGGCACUGGACAUCCUGACACGUUAAUCGGAAUGUCACAGCUUGCAACAACCUACCAGAAACAAGAGCGAUGGCAGGAUGCUGUAGCGCUCGAGGUGAAAGUGCUUGAUACUCGCAAGCGAAUCCUUGGUCCAAAGCACCCUGACACACUGACCAGUAUGAACAAUCUGGCAACAACUUAUUGGAAUCAAAGUCGCUAUCAGGAAGCUGAAGUACUUCUAGAACAAGUGCUAGAGGCUCAUCAGGGGCUGCCCAAAGAUCAUCCUCACACGUUGAUCAGCAUGGGAAAUUUAGCAUCUAUAUACCUGGAACAACACCGGUACGAGGACGCUGAAGCCCUGAACGAGAAAGUGUUGAAGGUUCGCAAGCGGACGCUUGGAGAAGAGCACCCCGAAACAUUGACUACCAUGGGAAACCUAGCAUCAACAUACCGGAGUCAAGGAAAGUGGCAGGAUGCUGAACGGUUGGAAGUAAAAGUACUCGAGAUUAGCAAGAGGGUCCUCGGCGAAGAUCAUCCUGACACAUUGACUAGCAUGAUCAAUCUUGCAUCAACCUACAAGAAACUUGGCCGCGAACAAGAUGCGAAAGCACUAUUGGCGCAGGUGCCAAAAGCUCCCAGCAUCAUGCUCCAAGUCCGAGAAGAAUAUUCAGAUCGAAGCACCCUUAAUUCAACAGCGGAUUUUGCGAACCUUCGGACAAAGUUUCGGGGGAAUCUCCACCCCAAUACCUCCUUGCCUUUCUCUGCCACAUUAAAAAAGCCAACUGAAUUAAGAGAAAACGGGGUCGAGGGCCUGCAUCCCCCCAAAUGCUGCGAAUUUCUGACAUACGUGGCGACAGGCCUUUGA